UGGAAACGACGCCGGCUUACGUCGUGCUGCUUUUGGUGAGGAGGGAGAGUUUCCUUUCUCUGUCCAUUUUUCGUUUAUUUUAGGCAAGCAAUGGAGCUCCCGGAAACGAUUAGAAAGCGCUUAGAUAACUUUUCUCGCAAUAUCUUAUUUGACCAGACCCGAACGGAUUUGUUCGCCAAAGAAAACGACGGAAUUUUGCCUCACGACAAACGGGUUUUGUCCAGCCUACCGCUGCAGAUGUCGUUAUAUUUUAACAUGUGGUUCUUCCCCUGUUGGUGGAUCAGUGAAACUGUAAUGCUGCAACUCAAGUAUCCUGCCUUGCCAGAAUACUACAAGUUCAUCCUUGUGACUAUUCUGCUGCUGAUGACUCUGAUUGAGGCCAUCAGACUUUAUCUUGGCUAUGCUGGGAACCUGCAAGAAAAGGUCCCAGAGCUGGCAGGCUUUUGGCUGCUCACCAUCCUUCUGCAGCUUCCCCUCAUCCUCUUUCAGCUGCUUAAUGAAGCCAUUCUCAUACAGCCCUUGGAGAGGGGUGUCCACAUAGUGCUCACCAUAUUUAUUCUCACACAGGCUGUUUCAGGUUUAGCAGCGCUGCGGGACAUGGUGAGACACACAGGAAGUCAGUUUCAUCUUCAACAGUUUGACUGACGGCCGAGGCUCAGAUGUCCACAUAUGUUCUGAUGUGCCUUGAUUUGCAAGGAGUUGUUUUUUAAUUAAAAAAAUUUUCUACACAACUCCCAAAUGCAAAAGAUGAUUUAAAAAUGGACUUCAUGUGCAUCAAGCGGUAAAUAUUUUCAUAUGGUUGAUAUUUAAAAUAAAAUAUUUAUUUUUGUAAUUUA